AUGCCCCCACGCUCUACUGCCCAUAAACGGUUACUAAAAGAAUACCAACUUCUAACCCGUGACCCACCGCCAGGAAUCAUAGCUGGUCCCGUAAGCGAGGACAAUUUAUUCAAAUGGCAAUGUUUUCUAGAAGGACCCCCGGAAACGCCCUAUGAAAACGGAGUCUUUCCCGCGUUACUAGUGUUUCCCAAGGACUACCCCUUGGGCCCCCCGACUUUGAAAUUCGACCCGCCCUUGCUUCACCCCAACAUCUACGCCGAUGGCACCGUGUGCAUCUCAAUCUUGCAUCCGCCGGGCGAAGAUCCAAACCAAUACGAGCGGCCCGAGGAGAGGUGGUCGCCAGUGCAGAGCAUUGAGAAGAUCUUGUUGAGCGUGAUUUCGAUGUUGGCGGAACCCAACCCUGAAAGCGGUGCUAAUAUCGAUGCUUGUAAAUUGUGGAGGGAUGAUCGUGCGUUUUACAAUGAGCAGAUAAGGAAACAUGUUAGAGAAUCCUUGGGGUUGUAG